AUGGCUACCAUCUCCAAGCCUACUUGCGCUUGCAACCCCUUCGAGGCCUGCCACUGCGGUAGUUGGUCCUACCAAUUCACCGAUACACCUACGAUGAGCAUAUUCACCACCUUCGAUGAGCUACCCGUCGAUGAUGAGGGCUGGGUGCCUGUUAGUGCGGGUGCCAGCGUUCAGAAGCCUCUCAACAUCUCCGAUCCUGAGAAGUCCAGCUGCGACGAACACGAGAAUGCUCAGUUCGAUCAGCGUAUCGCCGAGCAGCUCACCGAGUGCAAUAACACUCCGAACCAGCAACAUGUUCAGACCAUCGACCCGUUCGGGCUCACCUCUACCUUCGGCAUGGGCACGCAACAGUUCUCCAACAGCAUGGGUUUCGAAGGUGGGAUUGGCCAAUGUGACUUCUCUCAGGAGCGUAGCGAUUUCGACAACGCCAUGGGCUUAUCCAGCAACCAUUUCAGCUUCGACAACUUCGGCGACGACGACUUCCGUGAUAGCUCCAUGCCGCCGAUCAACACUACCGCCAUCAACCCGGCUCAGUCAAUGCCGUUCAAUGGGGCUCGUUACCACGAUGCCGUCCUUGGCACUAUUCUUUCCCCGGGUCUCGCAGAGUUCCUGAAUGCUACAUCCACUUCUCUCGAUCAACCCCAGAAUCAGGUCGCCUUCCCAGGACAUGGCAUCGACAACGCCUCGAUCGGGCGCGUUGCCCCCCGGGAUCACUCGACCAGUCUCUCCAUCGACCAGCCUCAGAUGCGCACUCCUCAAAAGGCGCAUGCUGCGCUCAAUGACGCUUGGAGCCAGAAGACCCAGUGUACCAAGAACCAGACCUUUGCAGAAGAUCAAGCUUUUGCCCAAGCCCGAGCCUUCGCUCAGGCCAAUGUCCGUACGGUUCAAGAAGCCGGACAAGACCUCUUCGGGAUUUACACCCAGAACCAGCGAUCUCGCCAAGGUCCUUCGAAUCAGGCUACCUCUGUCCUCCCGACACCUACCUCCACGAAGAAUCUGUCCGCCAAUCAACUCGGCAAGCAGCCCGUUCCGCAGCCCUCGAGCUCUCCUGCCGGGCGCACGCCCUCCAAGAAGCGCCCCCGUCCCGCCGACAUCCAGAUUCCCUCCGAGGCAUCCAAGCGCGCCCGCAUCGACGCCCCAGGCCCUCCACCCUUCGCUGCUGAGGUCAAGUCCAAUGCCGCACGUGGACGCGCCGUCAAGGUCUUAUUCAAGACACCCUGGGAGCAGAUGACCCAGAUGGAGAAGGCGCGCAUUCUGCUACCCAUGAUGAUCGGCAAGCAUCCCGUUGAGUUCGAGAAAGAGGAAAUGCAGCGCGGACUCUCUUACGGCGCUAUGCGCCAGCGCGAGGCGCUCGAGAAGACUAUGCACUUGAGCAACGAGGCCGCUGCUGAGACCGAGUCCAGUGCUGCUCCGAGGAAGACCCUAGCCCUGGCUGAGAUGGACGAAGAUGAUGAGGAGGCGGUUCUCAAGGCGCGUCUGGCCGAGAUUGAGGCCAACAAGAAGGCCAAGGUCGCCGAGGAGAAGAGGCGCAUCUCCAACGAGAAGCGCGCGGCGACCACGCGUCGCAAGCGCCAGGAGAAGAAGGAGGCUGAUCGCCUUAAGCGCGAGAAGGAGUUGGAGGAGAUUGCUCGCCAGAAGGAGCUUGAGGCUCACAGGGAGGCAUCCUUCGCUGGGGAGCGUCCCCAAGCUGCUCAAGAGCAGGGCAUGCCUGAGCAGAUGCGUGAGGCCUAUGCUCACGUUGGCUUCGCCCCUGCUCAGCCCUACAUGGGUUGA